UGACCUGGGCUCCGGCGCCCGCCAUGGCCUCGUGCGCGCGCUCUCCGUCGCAGCGGGCUGCUUUGGAGGAGGUAAGAUCAGACCCUCAUCCGGGCCGGCGUCCUAACGAGCGUACGGAGGAAAUGGCCGUGAGCCUCCUUCUCCCGCCGCCUCCGUGGAAAUUCUCUCUCCCCGCAACCAUCCAGAGAAGGCUCCCGGAGGCGUGCCAGCCCGGAGCGGCCAGGCUCCCACAGCCGUCCCGAAGCAAACCCCGCCGGCAGUCAGCGCAGACCCCGCGAGCUGCAGGCCGCGCCGCCGCUCAGGCUCCGCCGCCCGCGUCCCCGGGACAGGAACGCCGGCUGGUGCCGUGUGACUCGGAGGGCCUCCUGGACGAGCGCCGGCUGAUCGCCCACCUGAAACUGGCCUUGGGCCGCGAGGCACGCCUGUGGCCGUGCGGCCGCCCCCAGGUGGAGUUCGGCGACACUUUCCAGGAAGUUGUGCUGCAGCUCCUAUGGCUGGAGAACAUCUUUCACUUCUCCCAGGGCACUUUUAACCUGGCUCUCACUAUCUUCCGCCGCCUCCUGAUUUCAAUAAAGGUAAAAGAGAGGUUACUCCAUCGUGUUUCAAUCACUUCCUUGAGACUUGCAGCAAAGCUUAACGAAGAAGAGGAGUUAAUUCCACGCAUAAAAGACUUCAUAAAGUACUAUGGCUCUGGCUAUUCCCCAAAUGAGUUGCUGAAGAUGGAGCUGGCUAUUUUGGACGAACUGCACUGGGACCUCUGUAUUGGGACGCCACUGGACUUUUUGACCAUUGAAAAGUAUGGGGUCUUCUGUUCUAACAUUAAAAACCACAAUCUCCAGUUCCACGCCCUGGUGGUCAUGGCCUGGCCCCACAUGGUGGAGCUGCUGCCUCAGAGGAAGCCUUCCCUCCACGUCGCAUCCCUGACCAGGCAGCUGCAGCACUGUAUGGCGGGCCACCAACUGCUGCAGUUCAAGGGCUCCACACUGGCCUUGGUCAUCAUCACCUUAGAGUUGGAGAGGCUCAUGCCCGACUGCUGUGCUCCUACAUCUGAUCUGCUGAAGAAAGCAGAGGUCAGUAUUGAGCAGUUGGUCUACUGCAGGGCACUGAUAAAGCAGCAGCUGAGAAGUUUUUAGUCCUCCUCCUGCACAGACAACUUUCUCAUGUGCCAGCCGGUGCCCGUACCCCAGCACCCUUCGAAAUGUAAUGGCAACCUCUCCUUGCUUGGCCUCCUCAAAAUUCUUGGCUUUAUGGGUCCUGUAAUAGGAAAGGAAGAAGGCCCUGGAAGAACAACUGAGAAAAAGUCCCUGGGUCCUUAGAAGAAAGUAAGGGGGAAAAGGGAGGUUGGGGUCACUAGAGGUAGUGGGUAGUCUGGCUUAUCACGCCCCUGCUUCCCUCUGUCCCUUGGGCCUGACCCAGGAAUGAAUGACUACUCAGAUCACAGCUUGGUUUUUCUUCUCCACCAAGGGCUGGUAUUGGCCCCCAGAAUAACUGGAGUAUGAGACCAGAGGUGGCCUUGCUCAGGGCUGAAGGGCCAGGACGGUUCAGACUGACCAGUCCUCGCUGCCCCACCCAGAGCUGGCCAGGUCCUUCCAGCUUCCCAGGCUUCUACCAAGCACAUGCACAGCACUUCAGGUCUCAGCCAUUUUGCCUGACACUGCAAAAAUAGGACAGUCUCUCCAGAUAGAUUUAUUUUGAUUUGGCCAUGACUUGUGUCCUUUCUUUACAAGGGCUGGAUUAUAAAGUACACUUUGUUUAAUGUGCAGUAACUUGAGCAAGCUUUAAAAAUAUUUUUUCUUUCGUUACUCUUAAGCAAAGUAGUUGAUUGGCUUAGAGUUUUUGUGCUAAAGAAUAUUAUAAGGUGUGACUCCUGUGAUGGGGAGGUGCAAUUCUUAGACCAUUUUGUUGAGAUGAGCAAGUUCUGAAGCCGACCCUGCUCCAGCCACUGUGCUGCCAGGAGGAGGAGGAGGUGAUUAGCAUGGCUGUGAGGGAGAAGCCAGCUGCCUCUCUGAAGCUGUGACACUAUAGAGCCAUUCUUUAAGCAGUGGAGUCCAGCUGGCAGAGAUGCCAGCUGGGGUUGUGUAAGUAGUGUUGGGGAUGUGAAUGACUGAGCUACACACUUAGAGGUGAUUUGUGAAGUCUUUUCACUGUGUACAGUGUUUUGUAAAUGUGCUAAGCCAUGGGGACUCUGACCUGCUACUAGGUGCAAAGUGGCCAAGGCCCAGGUAUACCCUGAAGGUAUCUUCACUGUAGUUAUUACAAAUCUCUACCUUUCCUGGAAACAAAUUUGCCUGUUGGAUCCUUUGUAAAAAUAAACUGUUAUCCCUUGCAACCCUGUCUGAAUUUUAUUUUACUCGUAUUGAGUACCAUGCAUUUAGACUUGCUCCAGUCAGAUAUAGCUGGAUGGCAUUUCCUGGUCCUAUCGAUAAUUGUCCUCUGGUCCAGCACAAAUGGAGAUGCUGAGGGGCAGCAUGUGGGUCAUGGCCACAGCUCUCACUGGUGGCCAUGACCAUCCUCUGCCUCCUUACUUCCACUGAGUGGGCACUAUAGUGGGUGGGCUCAGGGCUCAUCUCAAGGGCCUACACCAGUUCAGUCUCUCUCUGCUGGGAGCUAUCCGGACCUCUUCACCAGGUAACCCUGGACAUAAGCUGGGUCCCCAGAGCUAACCGAACUUUCAGUUUCUUGGAGGAAAAAUAAGGUAGACCG